CAGCACAACAAAUCAGGAAUCUCAACACAAAAAUUACAAAAAUGGCACAAGUGAAACUACUAGGACUGUGGCCUAGUCCAUAUGUUUAUAGGGUUAUAUGGGCACUAAAGCUCAAGGGUGUGGAGUAUGAGUAUGUAGAGGAGGAUGUGUUAUUCAACAAGAGUGAUGAGCUUCUAAAGUACAACCCAGUGCACAAGAAGGUACCUGUUCUUGUUCAUGAUGGGAAACCAACAGCUGAGUCCAUUGUCAUUCUUGAGUACAUUGAAGAGGCAUGGCCACACAACCCCUUGCUUCCUAAAGACCCUCACCAAAGAGCCGAGAAUCGGUUUUGGACAAAGUUUGGAGAGGACAAGAACCGAGCUUUUCUUGGAUUCUUUUUCGCCACUGGGGAAGAACAAGUGAAAGCGGUAAAAGAAGCGCAGGAAAAUCUUAAAAUCUUGGAAGAGCAUGGACUGGGAAACAAGAAGUUCUUUGGCGGCGACAAGAUUGGAUUGGUCGACUUGGCAUUUGGGUGGAUAGCUUUGUGGCUGGAAGUCCUGGAGGAAUCAGCCGGUGUUAAAGUGUUUGAAGCUGAUAGCUUUCCUCGCUUGCAUGCGUGGAUUCAAAGUUUCAAGGAGUCUCCAACAAUCAAAGAAAACUUACCUGAUCGUGAUCGCAGUGCAUUCUUGAACUAUUACAAAGGCCGAAGGGCAACAAUUGUUGCUUCAGCACAGUCAUGAACAAUAUAUACAUUAGCAAGUGUUGCUAUUGUCGUUUCUUUGUUACUUGUAAGGUAGUAUUAGUAUACAUGGAUGGUGUCGUUUCUGUAUUUUGCUUUCCAGUAAUUCCCAGAAAAUAAAAGCUUGCUUGCCGUUAAAUUUGCAUA